AUUUGUGUUAAUGCAAUUAACAAUAUGAGUCAAUUUAUAUUAUCCCUUACAUGUCAAGAAGUGGAUCGCAUAAAAAUUGUUCCAAAUUGUAUUAGUAGUAAACAAAAAAUAUUAUCUUAA